CUCAAGAAUCAUCCAAAAUGGGUCGCGUCAGGACCAAGACUGUGAAGCGUGCUUCUCGCGUUCUCAUCGAGAAGUACUACCCCCGCCUCACUCUCGACUUUCACACCAACAAGCGUCUCCUCGAUGAGGUCGCCCAGGUCCCCUCCAAGCGUCUCCGCAACAAGAUCUCGGGCUUCACCACCCACCUGAUGAAGCGUAUCCAGAAGGGUCCCGUGCGCGGCAUCUCGUUCCGUCUCCAGGAGGAGGAGCGUGAGCGCAAGGACCAGUACGUUCCCGACGUCUCGGCCCUCGCCGUCUCGGAGGAGUCGCCCCUCCAGGUCGACGGCGAGACCAAGGACCUCCUUCGCUCGCUUGGCCUCGACUCGCUCCCCGUCGACGUUGUCAACGUUUCGGCCUACCAGCCCCGCGAGCGCAAGGGCCGCUUCGUCCCCGGCGCCGGCAAGGCGUAAGCCGACCCGGGUCUUGUACAUUGCGAUGGAUGACUAUCACUGGAGAGAGUGUAGGUGAGGGCGGCUGUGUGGAGAUGGCGGGAGCAGAGGCGAAGCUUGAGAAGGGCGAAGUAGAGGAGAGGCGCAGUUGGGGUGAGUGGGGAAGAGGUGUUGCGCAUUGAGCUGUAACCGCCGGCCUGUCAAUGGCGCUUGGGAGUGAGGAGGUAGGAGUGGCAAGGCAAGCUGAGGGCAAGCCGAACGUAAUGACGCCCGGCGCCUAGUCUGGCCUGGGCUCCAAGCUCGACUGCGCGGCCUUCGUACGCGCACCCCCUAGUACACGUGCAGAACAUGCAUCUCUGUGUCCUUUCC